AUCACUGACGCGUGUGAAUGUCAAGUCACCAUCACCCUAUCGGCUGUGUUGAUAAGAUACACAAAAAGCAUUUAAAAGAGAAUUUUUGGAGGUGUAUAAUCAUAUUAGCCCGGUUAAAGCAAAGUUUUCUUAUAAUCUUCUGCAAUAUGUAUAGUUUGCUCGGCUUGUUUCUUUUGGUUUUGAUUGUAUCGCCUUCUUUUGAAAUUAACUUCUCAAAGCAUGCAGGAGAUGAGAAAAAUGAUAUUGGUCAGGGCCCAUCACUUGAAAGACGGAGACGAGGUCUAUACCCAGGUGGGCAAGAAUAUGCAUUCUUUUUACACUAUUUUCAAGCAAUAAAUAAAGCAGAUCAGUUUAAAAAUAGCAUUUCGGCAGGAAAUGCAAACUGGACGAAGGCAUUUGACACUACAUACAACGUUGGUUAUUUUAAAGCUAUCGAUAAGGUGACAGCUUAUUAUGCCUUACCUGCUAAUAAUGGUAGUGCAACGGAGAAGGAGAAGAAUAAAGACGAUAUCAAGGUAUCAUUUGACAAUCAUUUGUAUGUCUAAUAUCAUCACUAUUACAAAAAAUAAUAAACAACUUAAGGCCACACAAUCAUGACAAAUCUCUAAAUAGAAAAUCGAGGACUGACCAAUACGAACCCCUUAAUUAGUCGAAAGCCCAGAAAUGUUAUGCAGUUGCUACUCCACAUCUGUGACCAGUCGUGCUACUUAGAAGUUCAAAAUAUCUGAUAAUAGUUAUCAAGGGUACCAGAAUCAUAAUUUAGUAUGCCAGACGCGCGUUUCAUCUACAUUAGACUCAUCAGUGACGCUCAUAUCGAAUAUUUACAAAGCCAAACAAUUACAAAGUAAAAGAGCAUUGAUGAUCCAAAAUUCCAAAAAGUUGAUUAAUGUAUAUUUGUUAACGAAUUCAAUGCUGCGAACAGUUUAGCAAUUUCAGAUUGUUACAUUUAUAAU